GGAAACAGUCUCGACAACCCCUUGUUCAUUAACAGCAGGAUAGAAAAAUAUUUCUAGAAAAAAUCCGAUUGUGACGUCCCCGGUUUGAUUGUGACAUGGUACAAUGCAGCAAUUACCCAACAACAGUUCGAAAAAUUCGAGAAUUAUUUCUCGUUCUCGCGUUUACGUCGGUUUACUUCAUGUACGAAGCUCAUUGGACCGUAACGAACAAAAUCACGUGCCUACGACGUCAUCAUCGUGACGUCAUCGCGAUUUCCGGCAGAGAAGAUUUUGAACAGAUCGAAAAUGACGUUAUUUUGGAGUAUAAACAAUUAAAAAACAUCGUCAAUGUUUCGAAAUGGAGUUUAAACGAUUGUUCACCGAGCGCUUGUACGCGAGUCAUUUUAUCGGGCUUCACUGAAGGUCUACAAAACAAAACAACGACCAUACAACCAACCAAACUUCGUUAUAAUCCGGCCACACCCAGCGCCAGCGCAGGGACCAGGCUACUCAACUGUAGCCAGAUUGCAGAAUAUUUUGAUGACCCAGUCGCUAUGAAGUUCGAGCCAUACAAAGCCGACCAAAUAAGGACUAAGCAAGGAAUCCACGAGACGCAUGGGAUGCUGGUGUUCCCAAGUCGUACCAAGAAAUACGUCAUUACGUCCGAGGCCAAACGAAACACGACCGGAUACAGGAAGCUGUACGAAAUUUACGAGAAGCAUAUUGAUCUUGGUAUAAGACUGCCGGGCAUACCAGAGUUAUAUGGAGCUUGUAUUAAUGAAAAAUACGUUAGGCUUGUGACAAGAUUUACCAAGGGUCAGAAACUUUGCGCAUCCGGACACGAAACCGAAGCGAAUUACUCGGAGACGGAUUGCUACAAACUUACAAAGUUACACAACUUGGUCCAGAGCAGAAGAGACAAAGUCCAACCUGUUUUAUCGCUCAUCCAAAGUGUCUUGUGCUUGUUUAGUGAGCUGGAACACAAACGAUAUUUCCUUCAUGACGUGCAUGGGUCACAGUUUUCCCUCAACCCCGAUAUGUCGAUAGUUGUGAACGACAUGGACAACUUAUUCCAUCACGGUUCAAGAAAUAUAUUCGGUGGGAGCAUUUGUAUUGAUGAUUCGCACUGUGCGGCACCUAGCGGCGGCAAAUGGUCGAACACGUCAGCUAACCACGUGAUAUAUUCUCCAUGUCAUGACGCUUCACCAGUGUGUGACGAAAACAAAUGCGCGGGAUUCAACGCUUCACUGCAUCUGUGUGGCGUCACGAGGUGGAUGACGUCAUUGGUUCUUAAUCAUCUGACACGCUUAAAAGAACGCAUCCGAUUGGUUCACGCUUUGGCGUUAGUAUCCAAUCCCCAUCCUCGAUUGCGUCACGUGGGCAGGGAGGCAUGUGAGCAGGUUACGGAGGCGCUUGAGAAUUACAAAUCAGACCCCGAAAAAUCGGCAGCCGGCUACCACGUGGGGGCAGCAAAGAAGCCUAAGAUUUGACGUCACACCGAACUACCUUAAAAUUGUUCAGCUGAAAAAAGUUGUUGCACGUGCGAUGUGACGUCAUUUUGGAUUCCUCCAUUUGACGUCACGUUGUUCAUUUAUAUCUUCAAUAGCGUUUUACUGUAUUUGUAUUUUAUACCUUGGGCGUUAUUUUUAUACUUCCGAAUCGCGAAACUUUUGUAAUAAAAAGAUGUAUACGUCCAU